AUGGUUGCCGACGCGCUCGUCUACCACCCUUCGGUGGCGCACUACCUCAAGUUCCUCUCCACGACGCUCGGGCGCGACAAGCUCCUCCGGACGAUCCAGUACUUUGCUCGCUUCUACGCGUGGUACCUCCUCCGCACCAACGCCACGCCGGCCGCCAUCGCGCCAUGGACCGCCACCAAGAAGCAGUUUGGCCUCGUCCGCAAGUUCCUCCGCAUCGGCAAGAACAUUGAGCACCUCAAGGCCGCCGCCACCGCGACCGACGCCAAGAGCAUGGACCCCGUCCUGCGCUACACCACCGUGGGACGGCAGCUGGGCUAUGCCGGCUACCUGACCUUUGACGCCGGUACCGUCCUGGAUGCGGCCGGUAUCCGCAAGUGGGAGGGCGCAAAGAGGCUGCAGACUGAGGCAUAUCGGUUCUGGGCCAUGGGUCUGACCUUUAGCGUUGUCGCCCAGGUCUAUACGCUCUGGAAACUGAAGCAGCGCGAAGCCAAGGUGGACAAGAAGGACGGCGAAGGCGUCGUCGAGAGCAAGCGCAUCACAGUCGAACGCGCCGUGAGCAAGAUGCAGCUCACUUCGGAUCUUUGCGAUCUGACCGUUCCUCUUUCCGCCCUUGCCUGGGUCAACUUUGACGACGGUGUCGUCGGUCUCGCCGGUACCGUCAGCAGUUUGAUUGGCGUCUACAACCAAUGGAAGAAGACGGCCUAA